AUGGCACCCAAAACUCAGCCCAACCCGCAGAAGGCGGCAUCCAUUCUUGCCUGGUUCCAUAAGACGGCACAGGCUCAUAGCAUCAAGGACCUCGAAAAGACGCUGCCACAAGUCUCCUCCAUCAACGGCAUGCAGGUCAAGGACUACCUCCAAGCACUCUCAGACGACAACAAGAUUCGUGUCGAGAAGAUUGGCAGCGGCAACUGGUACUGGAGCUUUCCAGCCGACGAAAAUAAAGCCAAAGAUGCUGCUCUCAAGAAGGCCCAAGAGGAGUUUGACAAGGCCACCGCUACUGUAGCCGAACUUCAGGCGAAAGUGGAUGAUGCAGGUGCAGCUCGCGCUGAUGACGAGGAGAUGCUCAUGGAGACAGGUGGCGACCGCAAGACACUGAUUACGAAGCAUUCCGACCUCACCAGAGACCUCGAGAAGCUCAGAACUGAGCUAGCCGCGUACAGCGAGCAAGACCCCGUCGAGAUGGAGAAGAAAGCCGCCGAAACUCAGCAGGCUCAUCUUGAUGCUGAGAAGUUUACCGAUCAGAUUUACGCCAUGCAGGGCUGGCUCAAGCAGAUUAUGUAUGGUGGCAGCGGAGGGGAUGACUAUCUGCAGACACUGAGGUCCUUCUAUCAGGAUGAGUUUGAUGAGGAGGAGCUAGGCUUACGUGAAUUGUGA